AUGGGCUGCGCGGCUCUCGGGCGGCUCCAGCUGCUGCUCCAGCUGCUCGCCUGGCUUCGCCUGGGGCCCCCGGCCGCUGGGCUAUUCGUGACUGACUACUUCACCCGGACACCUCGCAAGCUGAAUGCCUUCCGCUCCUUCACCAGCCUGGAGCUCUUCCAUUUCCGCAUCCCAGAGGACACUGCGGUGGCCGUCUGGAACCUGGUCACCUUCAAAGAGCAGGGCGGCACCCUCGGCGACCGAUGCCCGGACAGGAGCAUCACCGUGUACUUCCGCUCAGGAGCGCCACCAGUCAUUAACCCACUGGGCAUGCACUUCCCCAGGGACACAGCUGUGCCCGGCUCCUUUGCCCUCACACUCACCUGGACGCUGCCCAACAGGACCACUGGGGUCUUCAACAUCACCAGCCCCCUGCCCGGGGACUGGUUCCUGGCUGCCCAUUUGCCCAGAGAGCAGGGCAAGAUCUCUGUCAAGGGACUUGCAGAGGACUGCCAGUAUCUCUUCCAGCCCCAGCUGAUCGUUCAACGGCUGGUGGGCAUUGGUGUGCUGCACCCAGGCUAUGAGACUGACCACGUCAUCUCCCCCCACAAUCGGUCCCUGCUCUACAAGGUCUUCGUUCCCAGCUACACCUCCAGGGUGCUUGUGCAGCUGCGAAACUGUCACAGAGGCAACCAGAGUGCAUCAGGCUGCCCACUGGGGCUGAAAGUGCGUGGCAAGGCCCCCCCUCUGCACAAUUCCACAGCCAUGGACUGCCGGGAGCAGCUGCCCUGCCGCCUUGUGCUGGAGCACCCCUUCUGGCAAAACUGGUACUUCAUCCUGGUGGAGAAGCUUCUGCCGCUGCCAGACCGGAUCAGUUUCCAGCUGGUGGUGCAGCUGAAGGACUGUUCCCGGACUGGCUUGGGUGAAGCCCAGCUACCUGCCUCCCACCUGAACAUGCCUCACUCCUUCGGCUCCACCGGAGGGCUGGCCCUGGCAGACAUCCUGCCCCCCUCCCUCCCCAGCAGCUUCCAGCCACAAGCCACUCCCACACCCCACAGGCCUCCCAGAGGGGGGGAUCACUGCUGGCCCACCCGGCCCACUCUGCGCAAUGAGUUGGACACUUUCUCAGUGCACUUUUACAUCUUCUUUGGGCCCAACGUGUCGGUGCCCCCUGACCGGCCAGCUGUCUUUGCCAUCAACCUCCUGCCUGUGCUGGACAGCGGAGGGAUCCUCAACCUGGAGCUGAAGCUGAACGUGUCUUCUCUGCGCGGGGAGAAUGCCACCAUCUUUGCGUGUCUGAACCACGAAGUGCCUUUGGUGUCAGAAGGGGACUCCUCGGUGACCUGCCAGACAGAGCUGCUGGCUGGGUUCCUGCUGUCCAUAAAUGCCGCCUCCCCCUUCACCCGACUGCGGAUUCCCUACCCCCAGACGGGCAGCUGGUACCUGAGUCUGCGCUCGCUCUGCACCACGGACCGAAGGCCCUCGUCCUGUGGGAACCUGACCGCUGAGGUGUACCUGCGUGCUUUCCUCUCCCCCUGCAUCAACGACUGCGGCCCCUAUGGCCAGUGCAAGCUUCUGCGCACCAACAACUAUCUAUAUGCAGCCUGCGAGUGCAAAGCGGGCUGGAGCGGCUGGGGCUGCACCGACAAUGCAGCUGCCUUCUCCUACGGCUUCCAGCUGCUCUCCACCCUCCUCCUGUGCUUGAGCAACCUCAUGUUCGUCCCACCGGUGGCCAUUGCGGUGCAGACCGGCUAUCUGCUGGAGGCAGCCAUCUACAUCUUCACCAUGUUCUUCUCCACGUUCUACCAUGCGUGUGACCAGCCGGGUAUCGUGGUCUUCUGCAUCAUGGACUAUGACGUGCUGCAGUUCUGCGACUUCUUGGGCUCCCUCAUGUCUGUCUGGGUCACCGUCAUCGCCAUGGCUCGCCUACAGCCCAUCAUCAAACAGGUGCUGUACCUGCUGGGAGCCAUGCUCCUCUCCAUGGCCCUGCAGCUGGACCGGCACGGCCUCUGGAACCUGCUGGGGCCCAGCCUCUUCGCCGUGGGUGUCAUGGCCAUUGCUUGGACGGUUCGCAGCAUCCACCGGCGCCAUUGCUACCCUCCCACCUGGCAGCGCUGGACCUUCUGCCUGCUGCCCGGGGCCCUGAUCGCCGCCUCAGCCGUGCUGCUCUACGCUUUCGUGGAGACGGAGGAGAACUACUUCUACAUCCACAGCAUCUGGCACAUGCUGAUCGCCGGCAGCGUGGGCUUCUUGCUGCCACCUCGGGCCAAGGCGGAGGCAUCCAGGCUGGCGGGACCCCUGCCUCGCCGGAAGGGUUGCGGCUACCAGCUCUGCAUCAAUGAGCAGGAGGAGCUCGGCCUGGUGGACCCCGGCACUGCUGGCACUGGCGUCUCCAUCACCAGCGUCUGCACCAGCUGA